AUGGCAGAACUUUUCCUCAAAUGCUGCUGCAUAAGGAACAUCUGCUGGCAUUUUCUGAAACGCAGGCUGAGUCUCCAAGCUUCCCAGCGACAGGCUGUGCACAGCCAUUUGGAGGCGCCCUCUGGAGCCGCCAUCCUUUGCCACAACUGUGGGAGUCCGUGCAAAGGAGAAGUGCUGAGAGUGCAGAAGAAGUACUUCCACAUUAAAUGUUUCGUCUGCAAAGCGUGCGGCUGCGACUUGGCCCAGGGGGGCUUCUUCGUCAGGCAAGGGGAUUACGUCUGCACGUCGGACUACCAGCGGCUCUACGGCACCCGCUGCUUCAGCUGUGAUGAGUUCAUUGAGGGCGAGGUGAUCUCCGCCCUGGGCAAGACCUACCACCCAAACUGCUUUGUGUGUGUGCUCUGCAGGCAGCCGUUUCCUCCCGGGGACCGGGUGACUUUCAAUGGGAAGGAGUGCGUCUGCCAGAAAUGUUCUCUGCCCCCUGCUGGUGCUGGUUGUCCAGUCCUCCGAAGUUGCGGGAACUGCGGCUCCGACAUUAAGAACGGCCAGUCUCUGGUGGCCUUGGACAAGCAUUGGCACCUGACCUGCUUUAAGUGCAAGAUUUGUGGCAAGCUGCUCACGGGGGAAUACAUCAGCAAGGAUGGCGUUCCCUAUUGCGAAAGAGACUAUCAUGCGACGUUUGGGAUCCAGUGCGACCGUUGUGGGAAGUUUAUCACGGGGAGAGUUUUGGAGGCUGGAGAAAAGCACUACCACCCCACGUGUGCCUGCUGUGAUAAGUGCCACCAGAUGUUCGCCGAAGGAGAAGAGAUGUACCUUCAAGGGUCUUCUAUUUGGCACCCAGCUUGUAGACAGGCAGCCAAAGUGGAAGAAAAGGCCAAGUUGCAGGAAACCCGAACAUCGUCUGAAAGCAUAAUUUCGGUGCCCCCUUCAAGUACAUCAUGCUCCCCAAGUCGAAUAAUCUAUGCGAAACUCGGGGAGGAAAUCCUUGACUACCGAGACUUGGCUGCCCUCCCUAAGAACAAGGCCAUCUACAACAUCGACCGGCCAGACAUGAUCUCCUACUCCCCCUACAUCAGCCACUCGGUCAGCGACCGGCCCGGCUACGCCGAGGGGGGUGACCAGGAGGACCAGCCCCUCAGGCCGUGCCGGAUUUCCAGCCCCAGUUCCACCAGUUCGCUGGGCUAUGGCCGCACCACGCCUCUUUGCGCUUCGCCUCCGAAUUUCAGCCGAGCAGGCAGUGAAAGUGGCCGGAGCACCCCAAGCAUCUCUCUCUGCUCAGACAGCAAGUCUGCAUCCUCCCUCUAUCAGCAGGCACCCAAACAUUUUCAUAUUCCAGAAACUGGAGUAAAAGAUAACAUCUAUAGGAAACCCCCCAUCUACCGACAGCAUGCCUCAAGGAAACCAGAUGGCGACGACGGGAGUUCUGACCAAGACAGCAGGAAGUUAAAGUCCAGCUGGCUGACUCUGAAGGGGGAUGGGGACUUUCGGACAGACUCUCCUGAUCUGGACACUCAGUCGCUGCCUCAGAGUCCUGGGACAGACCGGCAACUCCAGCGGCUGCAAGGCAACACCAACUGCGCCUACCUGCGAUUCCCGUACUCCAAGUCGGCCUCUCUCCCCGACUACGGAAAGCAAGGGCUGCAGCACGCUGCAGGGGCCCCCCCGGAUGACCAGGAGGCUGCUUGGGGAAAGAGAGAAUACAAGGUCUAUCCGUACGAAGCCCUCAUUGUCACCAACAGAAUUCGAGUAAAGCUACCAAAGGAUGUGGACAGAACCAGACUGGAGCACCACCUGUCCCCCGAGGAGUUCCAGGAGGUCUUCAAAAUGAGCAUGGAGCAGUUUGAACGGCUUGCACUUUGGAAACGCAACGAGCUGAAGAAAAAGUCUUUGCUUUUCUAGCCUUCCCAAAACGAAGAGGCAACGUGCUUGACAGUCAGCCAGCUCCGUCCUUUCUUCCUCCUACCACCUGUGUCCACCUGCCGCUUGACCUCCUGUCGCUUCACUGUAUUUGGGCAGAAGAAUAGACCCCACGGGAGGUCUGGGGCCCUCUCACCCCACCCCCACCCCCGCCAGGUCAUGAAAGGGUGUGACCCGUCUCGCUUCCACUUCCUCGCUUUAUCCAUUGCUUGUCGCAAAGGCAGAACCAGGCCCGGAAACCUCAGAUAGGAAAGGAACCGCAGUCAUUCCAACCAAAGCCAAAUGCUCAGCUACUGUUUGGCCUCUACAUUUUUGGCCUUGAAUACAAAGUCAGAGUGGACGAAAGGGGAGGGGGGGGGACUUCCCCCAGGAGCAAAAUAAAAGAAAGCCAGUUUGAAAAAGGUCAAAGAAAAGCAUGUCAGAAGCUCACAUGGGCAAUGGUUGUGUAUGGCACCUUUUUAGAAAUAAAAUGAGAGCAAACCU